GCUUAUUUGAAGAAUUGAGAAAUCAGUUCCUGCAAAGUGCCCUUUAGAUUGUCGGCAGUCGGCAGGUUAUGUAAUGCAAUGUGUGCUGAUUUCCACCCACAAAUUGCACUUAUGAAAACCUGUUUUUUCUGUUGCAUAACCGUUUUGGACCCUUCAGAAUUCUUUAGCCAGUAAGCAGGCCUGCGCAGCUGCAAAAAGUUAUGAAUAUGUGGAUUAACAGUGCACAUUUUCAGUUAAGACUUAAUGAGCACCUCUGCAUCUGUAUUCCACCGAGCCGCUAUGUGGCAUUGCGCUAUGACAGGUAUUUGGGACCUUGGGUGUGCAGGAGCGUGUGGCUGAUAUUUUUCAAUCUGACCGUAAAGUUGUACAUGGUUGGCGGAUGUCAAGUGUCGCGCGGGCUAUCUCCAAUUGAAAAAAUUGCGGCAGCGGUUGCGGAAGCGGAAAGUAAAAUGAAAGACGGUAUAAUUGUUCUGCCCAGUGAUCCCUCACCGCAGAAUGAGACGGAAAUUCCUAAGGAAAACAUCAUCAAAGCAGCUGUUGGUGCCACGGCAAGGUUUUCAUGUGGACCAAAUAAUCCAGCCGACACUGGAGUAUAUUCUGAACUUGACCGAAUGUUAUGGAGGCAUAAGAGCGUCAUGAUUUACCCGAAUAUGUCAUCUGACCCUAAUGGUGGCUCAUUCUCUUACAGCCAGACAAAAACAGGGCGUUUUUUCUUUAUUCAUAACGUUAGCAUCAGCAGUGCUGGGAAAGUGGAAUGUGGGGUAAUUUGUAGAAGUGGUGCAACUGAGCGGUUCUGUGUGCUUGAAGAAUAUCAGUUCGUACCAAAGCUACGCGCCCACGACGUAUUUCGCAAUACAAUGCGGAAUAUAUCUACCGCCUUUCUGUCAUUUGCCAUGCCGUGUUCCACACGAUUUAGUUGCAGCGAAAGUGGCAUAGAAUUGUAUUUUAUUUGGAAAAUGAAUAAUUAUUUUUUAUUGGCUCCCAAACAGCAUUAUCUGCAGUUGAUAAUAAAACGUCAAGAUGGAGUGCCCGGAAUGAGUCAAGGCGAGGUGAACAUACACUACUCCGAUCCGGCAGAAAAAGAUGGUUUCUGUCAAACAACUUUGCAGAUGCAGAUGAGGGGACUGACUGGCCAUCCUCCUGCACACAUACAAUGUUGGGUACGAGCAGACGAGCGCAGUCAAGAAUGGUUUGUUCAGCAUGCUUACGUGAAUUUCAUUUGAUGUGAAUGCAGGGAUGGCUUGUUAGCACAUGUGCCGAUCAUCUUGUCGAUUAUACUGCAGAAGUAUUGAUAAUUCGAAGUAUAGCUGUUCAGCCGCUUUGACAGUAUGUGCUCAGUGCACAAUACCGCAUAACGUUCUACGCUGCCACGACAUCCGUAGCUGUUCUUAUUCUUACUGAAUUAGCGAGGUCUUUGUGGCAGUUUCUAUCUUAUUGUCUAAACUUUAAGGAAUUACAGUGCUCGUACCGAAAACUUUGCAAGAGGCAA